UACAGUCUGCACAUAAUUUUAAGAAUUAAAAAGCAAAAAUUCAACAGAAUUUUGGUCCUAAAGUUUAGACUUACAAGUAAACAUCAGACAUCUGUAAAAAUGCAAACUCCCUGUGUAGUAAUAAAGAAUUAUGCAUCUCAUGAGACUUAAAACAAUUUGGGAACUGGAGACAGUGAAGAACAGUCCUAACAGCUUUUAAAGUGAAAUACACAAACGGUCCUUAGGGAGAACUCAUUUUUUCUGUACCUUGAGUGAAUGCUCUGCCACUAACUAGUACUUGGCAAUUUUUUGUCACAGUUGUUUCCCCGUGAACAUCUUCCUUUUCAGCACAUUUUUCAUUCUAGUUUUCAGGGAACUGCUUAGAAUGGUAGAGGCAGCAGUGCAGAGAAAGAUGUCAGCAGUGAGAAAUCUGUCCCUGUCCAAAAGGGUGGAUGUGCAUGACACUGGUAGAGUAGAUGGAGCCAUAGCUGCAAGAAACAACAGCCUAGCAAGCAGCAUCCGAGAUGAACCCCAGGCACCAGGGCUUGCUCGGGCAUCCUCCCUAUCCCCCUCCCGUCGUGCCGGGGCAGUUCCUGGGAGCUCCGCAGUUUUCAGCAUGGCAGUGGACUGGUUCGGCUUUGGCUACGCCGCCCUGGUGACAUCAGGAGGGCUUAUUGGCUAUGUAAAAGCAGGUACGGAGCUCAGAGAUGCUUCUAUCUCACAUUCUGUCUUCGUCCUCCCUCCCCCCAAUUACUUGCUUUAUACCAAGGAUCUGAUUCAAAGUUUAGUUACAUCUGGAACACUGUCUGCCAUCAUGGGAACAAGAUUUUACAACUCCAGAAAAUUCAUGCCUGCGGGGCUGAUUGCUGGCGUCAGUUUGCUAAUGGUUGGAAGAUUAGCACUGAAGAUGUUAGAAAAGCCCCAGGAUAAGUAGCUGUUCAUUUUACAGCCUAAUAUUUGGAUAAGGAAACCUGAUAAUGAUGUUGCAUAAAUUCAGAAGCAAGAAGAUGGAACAAUUUUCUAUAUCAAGACAUUUUUUCCCCUUUUUUACAUAAAAGGGAGUAGAAUGAUGGGACAGAUAGUUUAUAAACAUUUGUUUAUAUACAUUUGUUUCAAUGAUCAGGUAGACCUAUUUGUGUAUAGAGAGAAAUGGGUCCUGGGUUUGAUUUUUCCAGAUGUGAAUCAGUGUAUUUUAACACUUCCAAUUUUUAUAUUUCAAAAUAUUCUGCUGACAUAUAUGAAGCAGAGCGAACCUGUAAUUAAGAAAAUAACCACAAAGAGGCACCAGGAGUAAUUUGCUAAAUACAACAGUGUAUCUCAAACCUUUUGUACUUAGUAUUACAGCAUGCUUUACCUGUUGCAUUCUGAGUUGAUACACCACGUCUGUAUAACACCAAACAGAUCUUACAUUUUUAUUGUGAAAUGAUGCUAAAAUGUUGCUUUUCUACAAGUAAAUUCUAUUACAAACCUU